AAAGCAACGCCAUCCUUAGACGUACAUACAAGUCAGCAUACAUCUUUAGAAAAUGCGAGGGCUGCAUCAGUAACUUUAGCAGACACAUCAAAACUACCAGCUGGGCCUGCGACCUCGUCAAUAUCUGAUAGCCUAGGUUUAUCAAACGGUCUGUUGACUUCUGGUUCGGGGACAUCGGAUAUGACCAAAAUGACUCGGCUUUAUACCUUUCGCUUAGCCAUUGGUGACCCAGCCAAUGUCUAUGAAGACCGAGAGGUAUCAACAAAUUCCUUUUUUGGUAGACAAAGUUCAUGGACGACGGCGGUUUAUGAGUUAGCAGUAGCAGAUGACAGAGAUUUUGGUGCUCAAGAUUCUAAUAUUUAUAGUCGAACUUCUUUUGAUGGAGAAGCUGCCGCUGGUGCAUUGGAUACAGAUGAUCUUGCCCCACUAACCUCUUCCUCUACAUCCACAGCACCACCACCACUACCGACAGAAACUUUAUCAGAUCGCCUGUCUCCUGACUGUCUAGGGGACAUAAAUACCAACUCACCAGACAGAACAUCGGUUGCCAUGGAGUUCUCAGAGGCCAGUGACUUACGAGAACGGGAGCGUUCGGGCUCAGAGACUGUGGCAUAUGCGCAAGGACAUCAAAAAUAUUGCUUAGAUGAAGACGACGGAGGGGCUGCUGAUGUCGAGUCGGCCUGCUAUUUCGCCUGCCAAUCCUGGCACGCAUUUAACUAA